UGCCAAGUUCCAAGGAAUGGAAAAGCUCAGCCUCAUCGAUUGUAACCUUUGGUCCUUAGAGGGGAUGCCACGCCUGCCUAAUCUUCGUGUACUCAUGUUGGGCGACAACCACCUAGAGGACCUGAGCCUCAUACCCGCGUGCUUCCCCAACUUGGAGAAGUUAUCCAUCGUUGGGAACAAGCUCGGGCAUCGCGAUGAACUGGAACCGUUGACGCGUCUUCCAAAGCUGCGCGCACUCGAUGUCGAAGGCAACGAGCUGUGCGAAAUCCGCGGUCACGAUCGCUGGAUGGUGGAUACCUUCCCUCGGGUCAAACGGUUCAUCAUCACGGCUUAUGAUGUCGACAGCGAUGAAGAAGAUAACGACGACAUUUCCUGGUUUCUCAGCGACGAAGCUAUGGAUGCGGAUAACGAGAAUGAAGAGGAUACCGAUACCGAAGAUGAUGAAGGUUUUGUCUUUGAUGGACCAGGAAAAUCGGUACCAGAGGUCAUCACGAUUGAUUAG